ACAGGCACCUGGUUCCAAACCAAAGGGAGCCCAGCAGGAAACUAGCUUCGGAACAUCAACCGCUGCUGUCAGUGAAGAUCUGCUCUCAGCAUGAUGUGGAAAACCACAGCGCUUGCAGUGUGUCUGCUGCUGGCUGGAGUACAGGCACUGGACGGCCCUUCAUAUGGAGUCAAAUUAUGCGGCCGGGAGUUCAUCCGGGCUGUCAUCUUCACCUGCGGAGGCUCUCGGUGGAAGCGCUCCUUGACAAACACAGAUGAAAUACUGGACUUAUUCAGCUCGUAUGACAGUAAUGCUCCAGACAGUGCUGCACCGUCCUCCCAGCAUGACCCUGACUCAAAUCUUCCGUCACUGGCACAAGGGGAACAGGAAGGUGGGGUGUUCAGCAGGCCUGUGCGCUCUCUCAUUUCACAGGAGGUGCUUGAAGCGUUGCGUACCGUGGACAGAAAAGGACGUGAUGUAGUGGUGGGACUGUCCAACUCCCCAACCAAUUCUGCAAGCAAAAGAACGAGCUUUCAGAUCGCCUUCAUGUAG